AUGGAUCCCAUGGAUCCUAUGGACUUUAUAAUGCACAAUCCUCGGUCUUCUGGCCACUACGAUCCCGUACAUUCGGCUUCGAACCAUUGGAUGUCUCACUCACACAACUCACCUUCUUACCCAUGGCAGACGCAGAAUCCAAGCUUGCCUCAGAGCUAUCCUCACCACCCGUUGCAGCCUGCACCCGGCUCCGGCCCGGAUCCGUUCCAGCUCGGUCAUCAUCAUGGAGGCAUGUUGCCGCCAAUGCUGAGCCUGCCGCAUCCCCAUGCGUUUUCAGAAAACAUGCCGGGGGCCAUAUCUCCGCGACCCAGUGGACGACAUCAGACCUACCAUCGCAGUGCCAUGCCACCCCCCGUAGCGCCGGUCGCUUCCGGCACGGGUGCUCACAGCCGUGAUGGAGCUUUUGCAAACCAAAUUCCCGGCCGGCCAUUGAGUUUUCAGCCGCCUGCAGGUCUGGGUAUUCCGCCGCCAGGUGCAGGUGCAGCUCCGGAGCCCAAUUCACAGCAGCAACAGCAGCAGCGCCCACCAUUUCUCGCAUCAGAACCUCCAACAAACAACUUCGGCCAACACAACAACAACUCUCCUCACUUCGUGCCCGUACCCGUACCUGUGCCUCUCCCCCCUCACCCUUACAUGUCAACACCACCGCCGCGUCGGGGACACUUUUCGUCGGCUUCCACUUCUUCAAGGACUACCUUUCGUGACAUACCUUCUCCUACCAGGCCGUCCCCUCCUUCGUCUGGUUUCCGCAGAUCUCACAACACACGCCAUCGCAGACCAACAUCCACUCGCAUCAUGUCGUCGGAGCCUGGGCGGGAAGAUGAUGACGACGCUGCCCGACAUGUGUAUUUCGAGCAUGGAAUGUACAGCCCGGGCGGGUCAGACUCCUCUGCUGAGGCAAACGAAGAAUCAGUCCUCCGUCACAUGCAACUCAUGAGAGGUGCUGUUAGUACCAAGAUGGUGGCAUCCAAGUCGACGUUGCGAUCUCUCGAAAGUGUCAAGAUUGAAGAUAUCCCGGAGGGAGACCGAAGUUGUGUCAUUUGCUACGGCGAUUAUGGCGUUGAAAGUCCUGAGGGUGUUUCCGAGGUGCCGCUCCGUCUUCCAAAAUGCGGACAUAUCUUUGGAGACCACUGCAUCAAAAAGUGGCUUGAUCAGUCAGAUAGUUGCCCAUAUUGCCGUGACAAGCUGCAUGCAGAACCCAAACAGCACACCAGCGCUUCUACACGCGCCUUCAUGAGCCUGAUGAGGUCGCAGGGACUCCACGUUUCGUCAAGGGCAACCGCUAAUCCAGACGACAUCUUGGCCAGAGCGAUGGUCAUGUCUUAUGGAAUUCCGGGCAGAAACGGAUCCCCCUCGCGACAACCUGUCACGGCCGGACGAAGAUCACCACCGAGUGAUGCGGGCGAACGACAACGUCGAACCAGAGCCCGACACGACAACGGACACACUCGCGAGUGGAGGCCACUAUCGGGAGGCCAUAGCCGUGCUGUCCAUUUCGACACGCCCUCGCAGCGCGCUGCUCCGGGUGCACCCUUGAUCGGACACUCGUUUGUGCACCACUGGGACGAGAUGUCGCCGAUGGAGCGACGGCAACAAUGGACCAAUGAACGGGAUCAGGUGUCGAAUGGUCGGUUGAAUGGUCCCCCGAAUAGUACGUCAACAACAACCACGGAUGCGCCCGGAGAGGCAUCAACUCCCGCAUCUACCAUCUCAAUGUCUGCUCUCUCGCCAUUAGCACCAAUGUACCAGCCACAGGGAGUGUUCAUAGGCGCCACAGACAGACACCCUCUUGGGACGGCGCCAUCUCAUGAUCUGCCGCUCCUGGAGAUUCGGAACCCGCCACCACAGGUGCAAGCUGGCCCGGCCUCGGGAGGCAACGAGAACGCAACCCCCUCCUUGGCUACGCCGCAGGAUCUACCUGGACCCAUCCAGGGCAACAGUAAUCGGUCUUGGUAGCGCCGUGGCCAGGCUCGUGCGAGGCGCGCAUUUCUCAGUCGAAAUGCGUCAAGACGGUAAGUGAAGCGAGACGGGACAAGCGGCAACUACCACGUGGUUGAGAUCUUACCCCGCGAAGGCCAGGGGAUGGACAUGAUCGACCGAGUGGUUGAGGUCAUGGACCUAGACUUUGGUUGGCACUCAGGUGCCGAGUGGACGUCGACAGAAGGGACAUGGGACAGGUUGUGGACGAUGAUACAAGAAUCCGAUUCGCAUGCGAGGGAGGGAUUGAUUUGGCGUUAGCUUUGGCAUCGAGGGCAUCAUGGACUGAUUCAUGGAAAUUGCACCAGGUUAUGGUUUUCUUUUUAGGAGGGAGUGUCAUCUGGCGUUUUCAUGACGUUUGACAAUUUUGGGGGGAAGCGCAGCAGCAGGGCUUGUCUGCCAAUGGCUGUCCUAUUACAAUAGCGGAAUUAGCGAUAAUCUCAUAAAGAAACCCACUUUGUCCCCCCCAU